AUGGUGGCUUUCCUGCUCCUGAGCCUUCUGAGGAUGGCGACUCCUAAGGGAGUGUGGUGCCCAGCCUGCGGGCUAGCGGCCCUGGCCCCCACCGUGCAGCGGGACGUCCUCAUCACGAUGGCAAAGCAGAGCAUCCUCUCCAAGCUCCACUUGCCUGACAGGCCCAACAUCACUCAGCCCACAUCCAGGGGGGCCCUGCUAAACGCCCUCCACAGGAUGCGUGCGCAGCGCAUGGAUAUGGCUGUCUCCCCAGGGAUGCCCCUUGAUGGCAGCAUCCUACACCUGCGUCCGGGUAUGGGUGUGCAGGAGUACGAGAUCUUGAGCUUUGCCAAGUCAGGGUCUUCCACCUCCCGCACAGUUCGCCUGCAUUUCCACUUCACCCGGGAGCUGGCUAGAAGCACCGAGAUCCUGCAAGCCACCCUCUACCUGUUCUGGGCAGUCCCUGGCCCUGGAACACAUCCUGUCACCAUGAGACUCUUGCACCCAGACCCGAUGGGGCUGAACAUGACCAUGGCCAGUGAGACACAGCUGGAAGUGCAGAGGGCUGGCUGGGCCACGCUGGAUGUGGGCCGAGCUGUCCAGAGCCUCUUUGGCCAAGGGAGCCAGAGGCUCACUGUGGAGCUGGAAGUGGCAGAGGAUUGGGGGUCUCCCCUCCUGGCUGGCCACAGUGAUUCCCACUGGCCAUUUGUGGCAGCCCGAGCCCGGGCCAGGACGACCCACCGGGUCCAGCGGCGCGGCAUUGAUUGCAGUGGGGACUCUCGGAUGUGCUGUCGCAAGGAAUUCUUUGUGGACUUCAAGGAGAUCGGCUGGGAGGACUGUAUCAUCCAGCCGGAGGGAUAUCACAUGAACUACUGCACGGGGCUCUGCCCUCUGCACAUGGCUGGCAUCCCUGGCCUUGCCGCCUCCUUCCACACGGCUGUCCUCAACCUCAUCAAAGCCAACAACGCGGACGCGGCUGUGGACUCCUGCUGCGUGCCCACGCAGCGUCGCCCCCUCUCUCUGCUCUACUAUGACCGGGACAGCAACAUCGUCAAGACUGACAUCCCCGACAUGAUUGUCGAUGCCUGUGGUUGUACCUGA